AUGACCACUACAACGUCAACACAUGGCCUCACAGCCACUGGCGUCCCAAGGAUGCCCCUAUGGCUCACCAUCCUCCGCGGUGUAGCUUUCCUCCUGGCCCUCGGCGUUCUCAUUGCAGCAGCAUACCACCUCUCUCUUCUUGGAAGCUGGGCCCAAUACUACGGCGGUUCAGGCCCAGCAGGCUUCCUGAUCUUCGACGCAAUCUUCACAUUCCUCAUCCUAGGCUCCAUGCUCGCCGCAGAGUUCUUUGCGCCUCAGCUUUAUAUCCGUCUUCUCUUCCUGGGCGCCCUUGUUCUCGCCGCCAUCUUCUGGUUGUCUGCCUGGGCGUGGGCUGCUGCGUGGGCAUCUGACUUCUACCGCGUGUAUGAUGGCUCUGGGCUCGGUCGUGCAAAUGGGUUCGAUGCGUGGGGUGCUUCGUUGGCUGCCGGUGCUGCUCUAGGCGCUGUUACUUGGGCUCUUAUCAUUGUUAUCAUCGUCUUCUUCGUCCGGGCCUGUAUGGCUGAUCCUCAUGGUUCGUCAUUCUCGCCGAGGCCUCAGAACGAUGUUGAGGCGGGACACCCCAAGCAUGAAGGUCAAACCUAUGUCUAG